AUGGCGUACAAUUUUCCUGGGAUACCAUCAGCAGCUAUUCCUCCAAUGGGAAUGGGUCCGAUGGGUUUGGGACUCGCAGCAGGACCUCAAGGAUUCAUGGAACUGGCGAGCCAAGGAUUUCCACCUUUGCCGCCACCAUUGCCGCCUUUGCCAGGUAUGAAUGACUCUCCCCUGGAGUUUGCCACCAAGAAGAACCAGCCACCUCCUAUCCGCGAGAGCACCGAGGAGCCCGCUGACAGGAGAACUGACUCCUUGGCCAACAAGAACGACGCCACCAGACGUGGAGUUAACGGAAGUGGAAGUGACAGAGACAAUAGAGACACUCGCGAUGGCAGGAGGUCCAGAAAUGACAGGAACGAUCGUCGGGACCGUGACAGAGAAAGAGACAGGCGCGACGAGAGGAACGACAGGGACAGGAGAGAUGAAAGAAGACUCGAAGAAAGAUCUAGUUCCGCGGGAAACAAUCAAGUGCAAUCGAGCAACACCCCGGCGACGACCAGCUCCAGCUCCAGCAUCCCCACCCAGAUGGAAACUGUAGCUACUAGUCCAGGUGUCUGGAGCAUGGGAGUCGGCUAUCAGAUGAUGGGAAUGGCUCCCAUAGGACCCCCGAUGAGUGCAAUGCUAGGUGAAAUGAGCUUGGGCCCACAUAUGAGUCACACGCACCAUCACCACGGCUACGGUCCUAUGGGCCUCGGGCUGAUGCCUCAUCCACACGAGGGUGCGAUGCUCAGUGCUCAGAUGCUGGGGACCGAGCAAAUUAUGAACGACACUGCCCAGCAGAUGAUGAAUGUCGCUGCUGCUGCUGCGGCUGCUGCUAGUCUCCAAGCUCCUACGCCUGCUUCUAGUCAUCAGAAUCCUCCCAACAGCUCUGGCAAUGGCUCCAACAAUCCGGUUACCAAAGAAAUAAUCCACUGCAAGAGCUGCACACUCUUCCCGCCGAACCCAAACACUCCGGAGCGAACUACCAGGGAAAAACCUCCAGGCUGCCGUACCAUUUUCGUGGGAGGUCUGCCGGAGAAUAUCACUGACGGGAUUAUCCAGGAGAUAUUCGAGCGGUGCGGGGAAAUUACUACUCUGAGGUUGUCCAAGAAAAAUUUCUGUCACAUCAGGUUCGCCAGUGAGAAUAGUGUCGACGGGGCCAUCUAUCUCUCAGGCUAUAGGAUCAGAAUUGGCUCUAAUGUUGAUUCGGCUAACACAGGAAGGCUGUAUGUCGACUUUGCUCAUAUUUAUGCGCGGGAUGAUCAGUACGAGUGGGAGUGCAAGCAAAGGCAGCUACAGAGGGAACAAAGACAUCGUGAGAGGGUCGAAAAGGAAAGACAACGGCAACCUUCUAGUCCACCACCGGUUGUUCAUUAUACUGACUAUGAAGCUUCUAAUAUUUGUGAGAAGAUUAAGCAGGAUGAUACUUUUAUGAAAGCUGUUCAGAUCGUGGUGACAUGGCUGGAACGUGGAGACUGUACUAAAAGAAAUUCAAAUACUUUUUAUUCAAUGAUCCAGUCAACGAAUUCACACGUGAGAAGACUGUUAUCCGAAAAAGCCUCUUACGAAGAAGAGUUACAACGAGCUAAAGAACUGAUGAAAGGGAGAAUGCAAGGAUUACUUAUACAAUGUACUCAGAUAGAACGUGUGUUCACCGCAGCAAGUCAUAAGAAAGUAUGGGAUCACUUCACCAAGGCCCAACGCAAGAACAUCGAGAUGUGGAAGAAACAGUCAUCGGAGAUCAAAGCCGUUCAGCUGGAAGAAGCCGUUGUGACAGGAGUCGGCGAAGGGGAAAUGGAAGUGUCUGACUCGGAGGAUGAGCCCCAAAGAAAAAAAGUAAGGAUACAGGGAAGCGAAGCUGAAGGAGAUGAAAGAGUUCAAGCGAUCCUCAAAGAAGAAUCUGAAAGUCUUAGAUGUCAGCUUGAGGCUUACAAAAAUGAGGUAGUUGAUUUAUUGAAAUCAGAGACCAAGAUAGAAGUUGAUGCCAAAGAUAAACAAAUAAAAAUGUUGCAACAAACAUUGAAGGGUAUGCAGGAGCAAUUGCUUCAGUCUCAGAAGCAACAGGUGCAAGAUGACCAAAAAAUAAAAGAUUUAACUGUUAAAUUAAAUUCAAUAGGCGAUAAUAGUUGUUCGACUGAAAAUGAAGUGAUAACUUUAGAUAAAGAUGAUGACUCGGUUGUCGUCAGCGAGGAACCGCGAACUCCUAGACCUCUUAUUGCUGCUAUACCUGGCUAUGUUCAAAUAACUCAAAAAGACGCUAAAUUAAUUGGACUAAUGGCGACGUUUCUUCAUAUUCAUCCAUUCGGAGCAAGCGUUGACUACGUUUGGUCUUAUUUACAAAAAAUGGAGCCAGGAAUCAGGCCCAGUGAGGUCGAAGCUCUUAUGCAACGAUUUCCUCAGGUAUUUAAGCAAGAACUGUCUGGAAUAGGUGCUAACAUGGAGCGUCGUUGGCAGUUUUCUGGCUUCAGUGUCCAGCCUUCGAGGUCAGCGAUUCAUUGA